AAUUGUCAAUGACGUCACGUCAGCGACAGUCGCGUUCCCAUUAUUUUUAUUUCGCAAUUUCCAGAAUAUCAUCUCUGAUUUAAUUUUAAGUUCUUAAAAUUCGCAAUCGACGAACAAAACGUAGACCCCAGUGAUGGAUAAUCAAUAUUAUUACAAGUUGAUGGCAAGUUAUCUUUCAAAGCGUAACUGCGACGAGUCUUUUAUGCGAUACUUCUUUGGCAAAAAUUCGAGUAAGAAGACGCCUGAAGAGUUAGAACGGGCAGACGAACGUAAACGUCGUCUACAACGGGAAAGGUCACGGCGUUAUCGCGCGUUGAAGAGUGCUCGGCGGCAGCACGAAGGCAGAGGCGACGGCUCCGACGACGCGCGAGCCAAGCCGCGGCCGACACCUGACGACGAGCUAAGCGAUCUCGACGAGCCGCCCACCCUGUGCGAUCUCACUUACGACGACAAGUGGCGGGAACGCGGCGCCUCCCCCGACUGCGCCUCGGAUGACAACUCGGCGCACUCCGGCGAGCGCGGCGAGCUCCGAGAGGCGGUGCUCUCCGGUAACGUGGCCCUCAACCUCAAAGAGUUUCUGAGCUCUCCCAACGCAGAGCUGGACUACCCAACGGUGCACAGUCUUAUGUUCCAUUGGUUGCAGACGUAACAUUCUCAUAUUUCAUUUACACACUUGCACCUCUUCAUUGGCUCAUAACAUAUUCAAACAAUGCAAUACAUAUUUCAGUAUUUUAUUUCAUUCAAAAACACAAAAUAAAAACAACUAAGUAUAAAAGACUUGAAAGCGAGUUGCUGUGAACAGAUAUUAAACACAUAUCAGAGUUGGGUUGUUGCCUCUGUACCAUACACAUUGCCACAUAGUAAGCUAAGAGAACCGUCCUGCUGCUUAAGGAGCAAACAUAGGUACUUUAAUCAAUAUAGGAGUUAGGGAUAGAGAAUGGAGUGGGUUGAUUGCAGGAGUUGGUAUUAUACUCCAUUGAACAGUAGUGUUACAUGUGUUGCAGUUGUAGGCAAUAGUUUGGGAUGCCCGGUUGUUGUGACAAUGCAGACUGAGACUGCGUACAUGACAUGAGGCUGUCAGAAUAUACCAGUAUAUAUACAGAGGUCAGAGAAUAUUCUCAUCUUGUCCAAUGACCUUAACAUACAUGCACACAUCACAUCUGCCUUUGUUGAUCACAUUUAUACAAUGCCUACAUAAAUUGCUUUGACUGUAACAUAUCGACGCUGGAAAGCGUAAACGCUGUAACCCCGAAAGUAUGAACUUUACAGGAGA